ACGCCGCCCCCCGGCUCUGUUCAUUCAUGAUUGGUACUCGGUCUCCCGGGACCCAGCCGAGCGCCGGGAGGGGAGCCGAGCGUGCGGCAGGAGGGGCGGGCGGAGCGCGGCUCCCGCACCGCACGCGGCGCUGGCUCGGGAGCUUCGGCGGGGAGAGCGCGCUGGCCCCGUGUCCAGCGCCAGGCAGGCUCCGGGGCAUCCUCCUCGGCCCUUGGCGAGGGAAGCGGCCGGGCCGGGUUCCGAAGGCUCGCCGGGAGCGGCUGGCCCCCUGAGUCAGUGCAUGUGCCGGGCUGAAGAAGGAAAGAAAAGGCUCCCAGCGCCCCAGCUCCACGCUCGCUGAAUACCAAGCUGCAGGCGAGCUGCCGGUGCUUUUUUUCUCCUCCAAUUCGGAGUAGACGAUCCACGCUGAUUUCUUUCCAGCGGAGGGGAGGGGCAAGGCGCGGGGUCCCAAGUCGCAUACAAGUCUUCGCUGCCAUGGGGGCUGUCAUGGGCACCUUCUCCUCUCUGCAAACCAAACAAAGACGACCCUCGAAAGAUAAGAUUGAAGAUGAGUUGGAGAUGACCAUGGUUUGCCAUCGGCCUGAGGGGCUGGAGCAGCUUGAGGCCCAGACCAACUUCACCAAGAGGGAACUUCAAGUCCUUUAUCGAGGCUUCAAAAACGAGUGCCCCAGCGGCGUGGUCAACGAGGAAACCUUCAAGCAGAUCUACGCUCAGUUUUUCCCUCAUGGAGAUGCCAGCACAUAUGCCCAUUACCUCUUCCACGCCUUCGACACCACCCAGACAGGCUCCGUGAAGUUCGAGGACUUUGUAACCGCUCUGUCGAUUUUAUUGAGAGGAACUGUUCAUGAGAAACUAAGGUGGACAUUUAAUUUGUAUGACAUCAAUAAAGAUGGAUACAUAAACAAAGAGGAGAUGAUGGACAUUGUCAAAGCCAUCUAUGACAUGAUGGGGAAAUACACAUAUCCUGUGCUCAAAGAAGAUACUCCAAGGCAGCACGUGGACGUCUUCUUCCAAAAAAUGGACAAAAAUAAAGAUGGCAUUGUGACUUUAGACGAAUUUCUCGAAUCCUGUCAGGAGGAUGACAACAUCAUGAGGUCCCUCCAGCUGUUCCAAAAUGUCAUGUAACUGUGGACAUAGCCAUCCGGCUCUCAGAGACAUUGUACUAAACAACCACCUUAACACCUUGAUCUGCCCUUGUUCUGAUUUUACACACCGACUCUUGGGACAGAAACACCUUUUACACUUUGGAAGAAUUCUCUGCUGAAGACUUUCUAUGGAACCCAGCAUCACGUGGCUCAGUCUCUGAUGGCCAGCUCUUCCUCCUCCCUCUUCUUGAGAGAGACAAGAUGAAAUUGGGUUUGUUUUGGAAGCAUGCUCAUCUCUUCACACUGCUGCCCUAUGGAAGGUCCCUCUGCUCAAGCUUAAACAGUAGUGCACACUUUUCUGCUUGCGUGCCCCAGCCCACUGCCUCCAAGUCCGGCAGACCUUGAUGAAUCUGGAAGCAAGAUGACCUGAGCCAAAUGCACACCACUCUCUGAUGGCCUCCCAAACCAAUGUGCCUGUUGCCCUUCCUUUGGCGGGAAGAAUGAGCAUUAUACAGAACAAUAAGAAUCUACCAUGACUAGGUUGGGAGAGUCAGCAGCUAACAUAUGUGAGACAGGACUGAAUUAUUAAGCAUGGCAUUGUCUGAUGAUCCAGACUGCCCACGUCCUUUGUUUCCAGAGGCAAGGACCAAUAAUGCUCUCUCACACUAGCAUCUGUGCUGGUAGUGCAAGUCCCUUAACAUGCCCAGGAAAGGAGCCAAGGCCCAGGGGCCCACGCCUCCUCUCCAUCUCCUGCUAGAGCUCAGCGCUGCAUGUCCCUCCCAGAAAGCCCAGAAUGCCUGCAAAUUGCUGUAAUUUUAUACCAUGUUCUAAUCAAUAAACAGAACUAUUUCUUACA